AUGUCUCAACAUGUCGACUUUACCGCAACUCGCAUCUUCAAGCAUACUAACGUCUCCUACGAGCACGUCCUGGAGAACCUUUUCAAGUCAGUUGGGCGCGAGGCGGACAAUCAGAGCAGCGGACUGGUUGCGCCGUCGACGGAAUUGUUCAACGCCGAAUCGUACACUGCACUGGUAGAGAGCAAGCUUGGACCUCACGGGUUCAUGAUCUUUAAGGAGUUCGACCAUGGCUGGUGGACUAACAUCGUGAAAGAGGAUGGCCAGCAAAUUCUGAAGACCUACAGAAUCAUUUUAGGAAAUCCGUUGAUUGCCAUCACCAUGCUAAAGCACGAUACCAGGGCAGGGUUAUUUGUGCCUGUAGAGCUAUUAGUUCGGGAGGUAUUGGCGGCUGGACAAGAUGAGAUAGUGACCGAAGUCUCGUAUAUCAUGCCGAGUAGCCUCAUUGCACCCAAAGAACUCGAACCAAAGGAAGAGCUCAAGGCUGCUGUCAAAAUUUUGGACGAGAAGCUGGCAAAGCUAGUAGACGAUAUUUGUGUUUCUUAG